AUGGAACUUCCCUUAUCUUGUAUCGAACGUAGAGUUCAAAAGAUAAAGAAAAACAUAUUCUCAUCGAAUUUUGAUAUCUAUUCUUUUGUAUGUUUUUCUAGUUACGACACUGCAUGGUUAGCAAUGAUACCUGAUUCAAAAUAUCCUUCACAACCUAUGUUCAAGAAUUAUUUAGAAUGGUUAAUCAAGAAUCAAAAACCAGAAGGGUUUUGGGGAGAGAGUGACACCAUCGAAUGCCUUCCAGCAACUAUUGUUUCAAUGGUUGCACUUACAAAGUGGAACACUGGCACGUUAAUGAUACAGAAAGGACGUUUAUUUAUCGAUGCAAAUAUUGAUAAGUUGCUAAAUGAAGUGAAAGAAGAUUGUCCUCGGUGGCUAGCUAUUGUUCUCCCAUCGAUGAUUGAACUUGCUGAUCUAGUUGGUUUACAUUUCCUCUUCCCACAGUCAUCAAGGGACACCAUUUCAUUUAUUAUUAACCGUCGCAAAUGCUUUCUUAACAAGGAAAAAGUUGAUCGGAAUUUUCAUAGUUACCCUCCAUUACUGUCAUAUCUUGAAGCUCUGCCUCCAACAUAUGUUAAUGAAAAAGAUAUAUGUAAAAAUUUGAGUGAAGAUGGUUCCUUGUUUCAAUCUCCCUCGGCCACCGCAAAAGCAUUCAUGGAUUAUGGAAACAAAAAAUGCCUAGCUUAUUUACGGUCCUUGUCUCAAAGAUGUCCAAAAGCAGUUCCACAAUCAUAUCCAAUGGAUGAGGACCAUAUAAAGCUAUGCAUUACUAACCAAUUACAUAGGUUUGGAUUGGCACAGUACUUUGUAAGAGAGAUUGAAGUGCUUUUGACACAAGUUUAUAGGAAAUAUAACAAGGAGAAAGAUUCAUGGGUGAAAGCAUCGAAUAUGAGUGCUUUGCAGCUUCAGAAAGAUGCUCUAGCGUUUGAGUUCUUACGGACACAUGGAUUCAAAGUAUCACCAUUAUACUUUUGUUGGUUUCUAAAUCAUGAAGAACUUAAAGCUGAGAUUGAGAGAGAUUACGAGCACUUCUCGAAUGCAAUGCUUCACGUCUUCAGAGCCUCAAACUUAAUGUUCUGUGGAGAAUAUGAACUCGAGGAAGCUAGAACUUUUUCUAGGAAAAUACUUGAGAAAACCGUUUCAACAGGAAAAGGAGGCUUAUUUCAACGGAUAGAGCACGAGUUGAGAAACACAUCAUACAACAGGGUAUCAGGUCUUUAUAACGAUGAAUUGCUACAACUUGCGACUCUAAACUUUGAGUUUAAGCAAUUGAUAUACAAAAAUGAGCUUACGGAGCUUAAGAGGUGGGUUGAAAAGUGUGGUAUGAGUAAUAUGGGAUUUGGCAGAGAAAAAAGCACUUAUUGUUACUUUGCUGUUGCUGCUAGUAUAACAUCACUCCCUCAUGAUUCUUACGUACGAAUACUCGUAGCUAAAACUGCAAUUAUAAUCACAGUUGCUGAUGAUUUCUUUGACACUGUUGGUUCUCUCAAUGAACUAGAAAUCCUGACAGAAGCAGUUCAAAGAUGGGAUGCAAGAGGCCUAAGCAGCCACAGCAAAGUUAUAUUUGAUGCACUUGAUGGUCUUGUGAGUGAAGCUUCUAGAAAAUAUCUCCAACAAGAAGGAACUUCUGAUGAUAUCUCAAGCAACUUUAAAGAUCUAUGGUACGAGAUUUUCCUGUCAUGGCUCAUAGAAGCAAACUGGAGCAGAAAUGGACACAAACCAUCUAUUGAUUGUUACCUCAAAACAGGCAUGAUUUCAAUUGGAGCACAUCUCAUGGUGCUUACAUCUUCAUGCUUUAUGAAACCAGCCAAGAAACUUAUGCUAACACCAUACGAACCAUUAACGAAACUAUUAAUGGUCAUUUCUCGUUUAUUAAAUGAUGUCGAGAGUUAUCAGAAGGAAAAGGAAGAAGGGAAACUGAAUUAUGUUUUGGUCAAGAUGAUGGAGAAUCCUGAAUUUGAAAUAGAAGAUUCAAUUGGUUUUGUGAGAGAAAUAGUUGAGAAAAAGAAGAAAGAGUUUCUUGAACUUGUUCUUAUUGAUGGAUCAAGUGGUUUUCCAAAGCCUAGCAAACAACUUCAUCUAUCAUGCUUGAAAGUUUUUCAGAUGUUUUUCAACUCUAAAAACAGUUUUGAUUCAAAUACGGAUUUGGCGGAAGAUAUAAACAAAGCUAUAUAUCUUCCUUUGAGUAGAACUUCAAAGGGUCUCUCAACUCAAACAUUCCCAGAGAAGAAACAUAUUAUAUCAAAACUUCAUAUGAAUUUCCCAUUGAAACAUUACACUAAGAUAAAUUUCAGCAGAAUGAGGUUAAUGACACCUAAAAUUGGGAUUGGAUUCAUUUAA